CUAAGGCAACGUAGUCCGUUACAUGCUUACGUGUUGCGCUCUCGUCGUCACAACGAUAGGGAUAAGCAUAGAUAAGAAUAUCGCCCAUGUUUUCCCAUUUGCUAACGCGUUAUCUCACACAGUGACAACUGGCAGAGAACCGUUCAGUCAACACCCUCGCUUUCGUCCAAUGAGCUGCUUCGUAGUCGGAGCGGGCGAGUGAGAGAGAGAGAGAGGUGCAUUCGGCGCUCAGUUCGGUACCUCGGCUUUGGGACACAAAUCAGCUGAUUACCCAUGUUUUGUUUUGAUUGAGCAUUUAAAUUGGUUAAUGCAAAAUCUAAAAAACAGAGUCACUCAUAAGUACAGAAAAUCGCUGUGACAUGGUCGUCUCUGAAGAAUUUCGUCGCCUUAAAGGCAGUCACUAUUUGGAUCAUGCGGCUGCCACUCUUUAUUCAGAACUACAAAUGCAAAACAUCAUGCAAGAUUUCUGUAGUUCGGUGUAUGGAAAUCCUCACUCCCUGAGCACAACAUGCAAAUACACUAAUGAUAUUGUAGAUCAAAUUCGCUACAGAGUCCUACAGCAUUUUAACACCAACAUGGAUGAAUAUGACAUUAUAUUUACCUCUGGUGCCACUCAUGCUGUCAAACUUCUAGCAGAAAGUUUCAACUUUGGGUCUGACAAAAAGGGAGUUUUUGUUUAUGCACAAGAGAAUCAUACAUCUGUUAUUGGCAUGAGGGAAGUUGUUGCUGAUAGAAGCUCAUCAGUAUUGAAUCUGUCUUUGAAAGCACUAGAGAAGACAUUUUCCGAGGAGAAUUGUAGAAGAAGCAUUGAGGCAAACAGCAACUCUGAUGGUACAAAUUCACUCUUUGCCAUAUCUGGCCAAUGCAAUUUUUCUGGAGCAAAGACACCUUUGCAUUGGGUGAAAAUGGCCCAAUGUGGAACAUUAAACAAUGUUGCAGGUAUACAGUCCAAUUGGGCUUGCCUUCUUGAUGCUGCAUCACUUGUAGGGACCAGCCCCUUGGACUUAUCACUUUGCCAACCAGACUUUGUCUCAAUAUCCUUUUACAAAAUGUUUGGGUACCCCACUGGACUAGGUGCUUUGCUGGUAAAACGGUCAAGCAGCUACUUACUUUCUGAAAAAAAAUAUUUUGGGGGUGGGACUGUUCUGAUGGCAAUGAGUGGAGUCAGAAAUCACGUACUACGACCAAGCCUUCAUGAGAGGUUUGAGGAUGGAACCAUUUCAUUUCUGUCAAUAAUAGCCAUUGGCCAUGGAUUAGAUACCCUUACAAGAUUGAUGGGGUCCAUGGAUAAUGUGAGGCGCCACUCAUUUUCUCUCGCUAGACGUGCUCAUCACAGUUUAAAAAAUUUAAGCCACUACAAUAAUAAGCCAGUAGCAAUACUGUACUGUGAUAAUGACUUUGAAGACCCUGACACUCAAGGGGCCAUUGUGAAUUUCAAUUUGUUACGACCAGAUGGGAGCUAUGUUGGAUACAGCAAGGUUAUGAAUAUGGCCAAUAGUCACAAAAUACAACUACGUACUGGUUGCUUUUGUAAUCCAGGGGCAUGUCAGCGACACCUUGGUUUGACUGAAAAUGAACUUAAAUCCCAUUUUGAGGCAGGUCAUGUAUGUGGGGACCGAAAUGAUAUCAUAAAUGGAGUCCCAACGGGUACUGUACGUAUAUCUUUUGGAUACAUGUCUACAGAGGAGGAUGUGACUGCCCUCCUUAACAUGAUCUACCAGUGUUUUGUGGAACAUGAAGCCCCAUCUAAAGAAAAUGAUGCUCAAGAUGUGUGGCAUGAUGCCGCUGAUGAUGUGGGGUAUUUGCACUGCCAUGAUUCCUCAGUUGAUCUUGGUCCAGUUGAAUUAUCCCAGGUUGUGCUGUAUCCAAUCAAGUCUUGUGGAGGCUUUAAACCUAGUUCUGCCUGGCCCAUUGGGUCCCGAGGUUUAAUUUAUGACAGAACAUGGAUGAUUGUAUCUGCUUCUGGGACAGCUUUGACUCAGUCUUUGGAGCCCCGUUUAGCCCUUGUCAACCCACAUAUUGAUUUAACUAAUAAAAUGCUGCACCUUAGAUUUUUGAGACAGUCUGAUAUGGUGUCAGUUCCAUUGGAUGAGGCAAUAGAAGCAAAUGACAAAGAAACAAGAAGCUCUCUGUGUCAAAGUAAAGUGUGUGGUGACCGCAUCAAAGGAAUUGACUGUGGAGAUCAAGUAGCAUCAUGGCUGUCAGCAAACCUAGGGCGCCAUGGUAUCAGAUUGGUUCGUCAGCUCAAUGAAGAUGGACGAUCCGGGAAAGAUGCUAAGAAGUCUCUUGCCUUGGCAAACAAAGCUCAGUUUUUGAUGAUCAGUGAAGAAAGUGUAUCAUGGUUGGGAGAUCAGAUUGAUUCUAAAGAAUGUGACAAGACAGGUCUUGUGAACCGUUUUCGAGCCAACCUAGUCUUGAAAGGUUUGAAGACACCUUUUGAAGAAAUGGAUUGGCUUGAAAUAAAAAUUGGUUCACAAAAAUUUACGGUGGAUGGACCCUGUACAAGAUGUGGAGUGGUAUGUGUAGACCAAGCUACAGGUGAAAGAACUAAUGAGCCUUUAAGGACUCUUUCUAAAAUAAAUCGGAAUAAUGUUCACUUUGGAGUAUAUCUUAGCCACCAAUGUGAUGCAGAUGAUGAUGGUAUUGGACUAAUAUCAUGUGGCAAUUUAGUGACAGUUCUUAAAAGUAAAUGUACAAAAACAUCAGGGUGACUUAAAAAAUCAUUAAAUAAUCUAUUCACCAGGCA